AUGAUAGCAGCGAGAUCUGCGGAGAAGGGUAGCCACGGCGGCGACCCGCACACUCAGUUUGUUCAGCACGUUGUUUCCUUGAGGGAUAGUGUCGUUAGGAUCCGGGAUCAUUUUGAUCGGCUCACCAUUUGUUUCCAGCACGCCUUGGAGGAGGGUCAGGGAUGCACGCGCAUAUUAGCUGACGCGUCUACGCGGCUCUCGAAGGAUUUCACGGCCGUGAGUGGAACGUUUCUCGAGUGCUUGUCUGACUUAGCCACGAUGGGAGAGGCCAUGACGGCGGUCGCGGAGACGACACCAGAUGCGGCGUCUGCUCUGAUGGUGAACUUGUACAGUACAUUUUUCCGACAAAUGAAAACGUAUUUUUGUGAUGCUGGUGAUAAGUUUACACAGUGCGGCGACCUCUUUGAAAAGGGGAAGAAGGCCUUUUACAAGGCUAGCUCCAUUGCCGUCGGGCAGAAUUCCUCCAGACGAUCCUCGAUCCCUACGACAUCCCAGGCCCUUAAGAAGAGCGGCAUCAUACACGAGGUCAAGGAUGCGAGCGAGGGUGGGUUUGUAGACGCCGCCCCUGCGGUGGAGGAGGCGUGUGUGGCGGGAGAGGGGGAUUACUAUUUCGACCCGGACACCUCCUCACGGGAUGGGUUGGAGGCCUCUCCGACGGCGGCGUUGUUUCUGCGGAGCGCCGCCCCCUAUGAGAACGGAUCGGAGGCCGAAGUCCCCUCCUUUGCGGCUGCGGAGGGCGGCUCGCUGACGGGGUCGGAGCCGCCGUACGUGCGUGUGAGCACGACCGUCGAGGAUGCCCUCGGCCCCCUCGUCCUCGCGCACCGCCCGACGCAGUUCGCGGAGGUCGACGCGAUGCUCAGCGAGGUGCCAGUGGCCUCGUACUACGUCCGCCUCGUCCGACCUGGCAGCCUAGCGCACUUCAUCGUGAAAAACUACUUCAACGUCGACAAGGGCGUCCAGACGGAUCUCUUGUGUCAGGUGAUCGAGACGAGCCGCGUGGAGGUGGAGCCGAUGGGGUCGACCGCGGGCGAGGUGGUCGUGAGGGGUGGGGAGGACCUCUCGUGGGUCCCCUCCUGCGCGUGGCGGUCGAGCGCGAAUGAGGACCACACGCACCUUUUCUACACCAUGUACACCUUAAUCGAGCAAACCCAGACCUCGUCUCAUAUGGCGCUCAUUCAAGAUGCCGUGGUGUACCCCGAUAGCACACGAGUCGAGGUACUGCACGUGGUCGGUCUUAUUGAUGCGGCACCGCAGUACGCGAAGCUGACGGUCUACACCACCGCGCUGAAGGGCACCACCGGCAGCAUGAAGGCCGCCGCCAUUGCGAGCCUGAUGCGACGCAGCUUUCGUCAGUUGGGAUUUCUUGAGGUGGACGAGAGGGUCGUGCGGGAGGCCGUACGCGGCAUGGAGGGAGGCUAUCGCGACGCCGCGCAAGAGGACGCGAGCGAGGAGGGGCCCAUAGUGUCUUUUCGCCCUACCGUGCAGCUCGCCUCGCUGGAUGAGCCUGGUCAGGGUGCGUUGGGGACGAGUCUUCGCAUUCGGAAUGUGGCGCGCGGUGCGGUGCGGGGUGGGAUAGAGGUGCUCCGGGCCCCUCUGACACUUGGCCGCGCUGUUGGGGAGGCUGUUCUCGACGCCACGGGGGUCAGCGAUGCGGUACGCACUAGCAUGGAAAACUUGCUUCGCAAGUCCUUCGUUGAGUUGAAGGAUGAGAAGAUUAUCGAUUUUUUCAACACCGCGUGGGUCGAUGGCGGGGUCCCGAAGCAAGGCUACCUGUAUAUGACUGAGCACUGGGUGUGUUUUGUGAGUCCCGAAAGCAACGCUCGAUUUGCAAUCGAGUUUGACGAGAUCAAGGAAAUCCAAAAGUCAAAAUCAUCCAAAGUACUCAACAAUGCGAUCAACAUUACUACCCACCUUGACGAGGAGUACUUUCUCACUGGGUUCCUCAAGCGCGAUCAGACAUAUUCAAUGCUCAUGAAGCAUUGGAUAAACGGAUAG